ACCGUCUACAAAGAAAUGGGUCAUCCAAUACUUAGAAUUAAUUAACCAAAGUUAAAACAUUGCAUCACCCAUACAAGCGUACGUGUAUAUCCAAGUAUUUAGCACCGUAUUCGAAUUAGGUCUACUGAAAUACGCGGACUCCAAAAAAAUCAAAAAGAGAAAUGCUCCUCCUUUCACUGAGUGUAUGAUUCCCUUAUUUCACUUUCUCUCUCUGUCCCGGUGCCCAAUCACUCCCUUUCUUCAUCUCUUCUGCAAUGGUGAAGCCUAACUGCCGUCGGCCUCCGCCGUCAGGCCGUACGAAUCUGGCCUCCUGCGUGGUCGCCAUUAUCUUCUUGCUCUUCAUACUCAUUGUAGUCCUCGUCGUCUACUUCACCGUCUUCAAACCCAAAGACCCCAAGAUCUCCGUUAACGCCGUCCAGCUCCCCUCAUUCGCCGUCUCCAACAACACCGCCAACUUUACCUUCUCCCAGUACGUCUCCGUCAGAAACCCUAACCGCGCCGUCUUCUCUCACUACGACAGCUCCAUCCAGCUCCUCUAUUCGGGUCGUCAAGUCGGGUUCAUGUUCAUACCCGCCGGUAAAAUCGAACCGGGAAGGAUCCAGUACAUGGCGGCCACCUUCCCCGUCAGCUCCUUCUCUCUCUCCCCUCCUUCCUUCGCCGUCCCCGCCAUCUCCGCCGGC